CUCAACGACGAGAUGUGUGAGAUCUGCGAGGUGUGGACGGCUGAGAGCCUCUUCCCCUGCCGUGUCUGCAGCCGGGUGUACCACGACGGCUGCCUGCGCCGCAUGGGCUACCUGCAGAACGACAGUACCAUGGAGGUGACGGAGACGGCACACACUGAGACGGGCUGGAGCUGCUACUACUGCGACAACCUAAAUCUCCUGCUGACGGAGGAAGAAAUGUACAGCCUGAUGAAGACCCUGCGGCAGUGCAAGAUCAUUCCAGAGACCUGUCUGACCCUGGACAACUUCCUGCACUACAAGCACCUGGUGCACAAGCAGCAGUUCGAGCAGCCCAUGGCUGAGGCCCAGGAGGAGCGGGCAGCCCUGCAGUUCUCCGCCCUGGACCCCGACAAGAAAGGGCACGUCAAGUGGCAUGACUUCCUCUCUCAUGAGUCCAUCCAGCUGCUGCAGAAACUACGGCCGCAGAACGCCCUGCUGUGGCUGCUGACGGCCAAGGAGCGGGAGCGGGCACGGGCUGCCUUCCUGGCUCUUGACCAGGACAGCGACGGAUUCAUCAGGGAGGGCGAGUGCCGCCAGGCCCGGCACGCCUGGUUCCGCAAACACCAAAAGGAGACACUGUCCUGCAACGUCAGCAUCAGCCAUGUAGGGCCCAUGUCGGAGAGCAGCCCUGCUAGCAGUGGCAGCGGCAAGAGCCAGGAGAAGACACCGGCCAUGGAGCAGGAGGAGGCCAGGCCCGUCGACUGGCCCAGCUUCCUGCGGGAGAACGUCGCCUACAUCCUGGCUGCCCGCCCCAACAGCGCUGCCCUCCACCUGCAGCCUCCGGCCUAG